ACAAGCCACGGUGCGCCUUAGCUUCCACCAACCAACGAUGGAUGUGCUGCAAGCUGAUCCGGCCGCCGACGGCGUGGGCAUCUGGCCGGUCGAUUUCGACGAGCAGCUCAUAAGCGAGCUCCUCACGGAUGAAGGCCUCCUCGGCGCCCUGCCGGCCGGCGACUCGGAGCACUGCUCGUGUGACACGGGGGCGGCAGCUGCUCCCGCGCCGUGCAACAGCGGCGGCGGCGGCGAUAGCAGCAGCACCGCGCGCGCGGCUGAGCACGAGCUGCCGCAGCCGGCGGCGGUGAACAGAGUUCUGUGCUCGGUGUACUCCGGCCCGACGAUCCGGGACGUCGAGAAGGCGCUGUCGUCGCGGCCGUAUCCCUCGACCGGCCGCCGCUACAGCUCUCAGGAUUCUGGCAGGUGCGGAGUGGCGAGUCGAGCGCCGGAGAGCAAGUACGCGACGAAGGUGAGGAGCUGCGGCGGCAAGACGCCCAGCGACGGGUUCAAGUGGAGGAAGUACGGGCAGAAGUCCAUCAAGAACAACCUUCACCCCAGGAGCUAUUACAAGUGCACCAGCUACCAGUGCGGCGCCAAGAAGCACGUGGAGAAGUCCAUCGACGACCCGGAGAUGCUCAUCGUCACGUACGAGGGGUUGCACCAGCACGGCCCGCAGCCGCUCUUCCCGGGCCGCCAGUGGGCGUCGAUGGACCUGUCCGUAGUGGCGGCGGCGAGGAAGGCCAAAGCGCCCACGCCGACGUCAGCCGACGCUCUCGCAGACGACGGCGGAGGAAGCGGCGGCGCGGCCGACGGGCUACGACCACCAAGCCAAACAUGCGACGCGGAGGCGCGAGGAGUGGGCGUUGCUGGCAAGCUGUGGGGCCGUGAAAACGGACGCGCGGAGGACGCGGGCUCCUGGGACGGCGGCUCCACCGCUUCCGUGCCGGCACCGCAACCUGCUACGGUGUUGCCUUGUGUCUUGCCGCCUACGACCUGGUCAUGCCCUGAUUUCUACUCCCUGUGGUCCCCGGAACCUCUGCUUCUGUAGCUGCCGGUAACUUGACUAAGAAUUGGAUGAGCUUUUCGCUGGAACGUGCAGGAUCGAGCAACAUGCGACUAGAUGCUUAUACGUAGCUAGUAGAAGGAUCAGAAGGUCAGAUUCGGCCCAGUUUAUAUCGUAGGCAAAAAUAACCCUAGUGAACCCUUCCUGGGACUUGAACAAUGGCUUCAAGCAACCUAAAUUGGUGCAGUGCCAAUAAAAAAAAUGCUAAGCAUUUGUCAUGUUAACCAGACUAUAUGGUACAGUGUUGAAAGCUAGGCACAACAAGUAUACGUAUACAUUACAAGUGCCAACGCGUGUCCUAGCUGCUGUUUCCUCUAAGAAGUUUUUCUCUUUUUUUAUUCCAACAUUAUAUACUUUGCUGAUGAUUAUUCAGGUAACAAUUGGUCGGCAGUGCGCA